AUGGCCUGGCAGUGGUGCGCAAGAAGUGCAGUGAAGGGCACCCGGGCCCUGGCACUGGCUCCUACACGGCCAGUAGGCAUUUCCCGAGCGCCGCUAUCCGUUUCGGCGAGGCUCUUCGCCUCACAGGCUCCAGCAGCCGCUGUUGAGACCCAUCAGACCUUCAAUGGCGCGCACAGUGAGGACGUUGUCGCCCAGACGGCCCCCUUUAUGCUGGCGACCUAUUCACGACCGACAACGGUCUUCCAGCGCGGCUCCGGCUCAUACCUGUGGGACCUCGAGGGCAAGCAGUAUCUCGACUUCACGGGCGGCAUCGCCGUCAAUGCACUCGGCCACUGCGACCCCGGGGUCACGCGCGUGCUCGCCGAGCAGGCGGCCACGCUGAUGCACGCCUCGAACCUGUACCACAAUCCUUGGACGGGCGCGCUCUCGCGGCAGCUGAUCGAGGAGACGCGAGCGUCGGGCGGCAUGGCCAGCGCCGAGGCCACGGCCGUCUUCAUUGCCAACUCGGGUAGCGAGGCCAACGAGGCGGCCAUCAAGUUCGCCCGCAAGGUCGGCAAGACGCUCGACCCAUCUGGCAAGAAGAUCGAGAUCGUCUCGUUUGCCGGCGCCUUCCACGGCCGCACUAUGGGCAGCCUCUCGGCCACGCACAACCCCAAGUACCAGGCGCCCUUUGCGCCCAUGGUGCCGGGCUUCCGCUGCGGCACCUACAACGACGCUGAUGCGGCCGUGCUCGAGCAGCUGAUCACCCCGGCCACCUGUGGCGUCAUCGUCGAGCCGAUCCAGGGCGAGGGCGGCGUGCACGUCGGGACCGACGCCUUCAUGGUGGCCGUGGCCCAGCGUGCCCGCGAGGUCGGCGCCGUGCUGAUCCAUGACGAGAUUCAGUGCGGCCUCGCUCGUACCGGCGGCACGCUCUGGGCCCACGCUCACCUGCCCGCUGAGGCUCAUCCCGACGUCAUCACCACCGCUAAGGCUCUCGGUAACGGCUUCCCCAUUGCUGCUACCAUCGUCAGCGCCACCGUCGCCGAUGCCAUGAAGGUCGGCGACCACGGCACUACCUAUGGCGGCAACCCGCUUGCCUGUCGCGUUGCCCAUCACGUCCUCACCCGCCUCAGCGAGCCCGCCCUGCAGGCCAGCGUCGUCGCCAAGGGCGCCGUCUUCGUGCGUGGCCUCCAGCAGCUGCGCGAACGCUUCCCCAAUGUCAUCACCGAGAUUCGCGGCCGCGGCCUCAUCCUUGGCGCCCAGCUCACCCGCGAUCCCAACCCCAUCGUCGAUGCUGCUCGCGCCCAUGGCCUGCUCGUCAUCACGGCCGGCAAAAACACCUUGCGGUUUGUCCCCAGCUUGACCGUUUCCGAGGCCGAGAUCCAGGAAGGCCUUGGCCUGCUGGCAAAGGCCAUUGAAGAGACCAAGUAG